AUGGGUGAUGCUAAGGUUUACCAAGGCCGUCCAGCGGAAGAAGACAUCCUUGAGAACGCAGCCGGCGAAGACACAGCUCAGGAAAACUGGAUAGUGCCCGAUUUGCCUCAAGAAACUCCAAUCCUUGCAGUCGAUGGCUUUUCGCUGCCGCAUUUCUCCAACAACUUUAAUGAAUCCAUGCUGUCAUCUCAAAAUCUAUCUCUGGUUCCUGUUUUCUUUGCCACGGGACAACCCCCAAAGGAGUGGAGUGGAGACACAAGACGCAUCAGUGCACUUUCCGAUAUCCAUGCUGCUGUGGCUGGCCGUAUUUUUGAGAUUAACGAAAUAUUUCGGCUCAUCCAAAGCGUCAUAGAUAUUGUGAAUGCAGUGUAUUCCCUUUCCUCGUCUUAUUCACCCUCCCUGAACCAGCACAACGAUCAAACAUCUACCUCCAGGAAUCCACAUGUACCCCCCACCUCACAUUCCCAUGUUCCUGAUCGCGCAUCAUUUCUCCUAAUUUUAUCCUGA